AUGAUCUGCCAGCGGUGCCUUCAGCGAGCCUCCGCGCUUAGCUCGCGUAUACCUCUCAGAUCCCCGGCCCCGUUCCUACGGCCGUUCUCUAGCACGAUUGCGCGCCGGACGUCUUCUCCCGCUCCCGAAUCAUCAUCGCCGUCUACGAGCGAAUCGCCUGCGUUCAGCACGCCGCUAGCCGACGUUGCUACCGAGGAAAAGCCUGCGCUAUCGGCGUGUCCGGAGGGAACCGUACUGACAGGCCUUAAUUUCUUCAAAAACCGGACAGAUCCCGUUGCGCUGGCCGACGAUGCGUAUCCGGUGUGGUUGUGGAAAUGUCUAGAGGUGCAAAAGAAGGCGGACGAGGAGGCUGACGACGAUGCCGGUGAUGAAUUCUCAAAAUCCAAGAAACAGCGACGUCUAGCCGCCAAGCGACAACGAUCCAUGGAAGCCCGUCUUCUAGCCGAAGGCAACCUCGAAGCCCUAGCGCCCAAGAUCCCACUACAGCACCAGAGUAUCAACUUGCCCGCCAACGAAGAGGGCACGACAGAGGGCGCCGUCGCGGCGCAGCAGGCGAGAGAGGAUCUACGCAAGGCUAUGCGCAAGGAGCGGAGGGCCAAGAUCAAGGAGACCAAUUACCUUAAGAGCAUGUAA